AUGCGUGGGAAUAAGUUAGCAGUUCACUGGUGCGCCGCAAGUCGCUUUGCGCACCUCUUAUCUGAACCACACGUCCGCGAGUCUGCCGCCCAUACACCCACUAAUACCACUUCGCCUCGCCGCGCGCCAUCUGUCCCGCUACUCGACCGUGCCGACGACGGAGCCACUCUGACGCAGAUGUCGCGUCCUUGGGCGCAGUCGCCUGCGCACGGGCCAAUGCUAUCGAACAACAUCCACAUGUCCUACGUCACGACCACCACCGUCCGCCUGGGUAGAGGGUACUCCUCAAGAAGCAUUUCAAUCACCAUUCCUAUCACCAUUUCGCAUUAUUCCCAUUUGCAAACUCGAGACGCAUUCCUAGACCAAUACCAUGACAUUCUUCCCGCGUUCAUCGAAACGUUCAUCUCAGGCGACGGCGACUCCACGGCCUCCGCAUCCAGACCUCCCUCGUCACUGGGCACACAGUUACAGUCCAGCGCAGCACAUGAACACCUUCUUUACCCCAGCUCCACCUCGAUCCUGCACCCGCUGCCUCGCCGCGCCAUGCUCCCAUUGCGAUCCCACAAACACAGCUGCGGUCAUCGAUAUCCGCGCUGA